GUAUAAGCACGUUACAUUCAUCAACAUUUACUUGUUCUUUGUGGAUGAACUGUUUGACAAAUUUUCCAGCUGGGAAAUUCUGCAUCGUUUGAUACAGUUUUUCCAAUUUUCAUCUCUAGUACAUGUUUCCUCAAGGAACUCAACCAUCAAUGGCAAUGGAAGACAAGCACAACCUCAAAGAUAAUAAGGAGCUUCAACCACUCCUAGUGUUUGGUCCUCCAACAAUCUUCCCAAUUUUUGAAGCUCAAAACUCUCACAACUACCGUUUCCUCAAAGCUUUCUCCUCACAAGUUCCUCUCCACCAAUUCCUCACUGAGCAAAAGGUUGACCCGUCAUCAAUUCAAGCCAUAUUGUGCAACCCUGAACAGAAGGUCUCAGCAGAUGACAUCCGGAUCCUACCAUCACUCCGCAUCAUUGUGACCACCAGCGCUGGAACCGAUCACAUAGACUUGGUUGAAUGCAGCCGUCAUAGUAUUCAGGUUGCCUGUGCUGCUGGAGAUCAUGCAGGGGAUGUUGCUGAUAUGGCUGUUGGGUUGUUGCUUGAUGUAGUAUGCAAAAUUUCUGCUGCUGAUCGACAUGUUCGGAAACGGGGUCCGUCUAUGCCCUUGAAUCUUUCUUUUGGUUUUAAGCUAAAAGGAAAGCGAGUAGGGAUUGUUGGAUUGGGAAAAAUUGGCACAGCAGUUGCCGAAAGGCUUGAGGCCUUCGGUUGCAGUAUGAUGUACAAUUCAAGAAAGGAGAAGGCAUUUAUUUCAUACCCCUUUUAUUCUAAUGUUGUUGAGCUUGCUGGUGAUAGUGAUGUUCUUGUGCUUUGUUGCGCAUUAAAUGAAGAAACAAGGCACAUAGUGAAUAGGGAAGUGAUGUUGGCGUUGGGGAAAGAUGGAUUUAUUAUGAAUGUUGGGCGUGGAGGUCUGAUUGAUGAAAAGGAAAUGGUGCAGUGUUUGAUGGAAGGGGAGAUAGGGGGUGCUGGCUUGGAUGUGUUUGAGAAUGAGCCUAUUGUUCCCACUGAUCUCUUUACUUUGGAUAAUGUGGUCCUCUCCCCACAUCAUUCUUCAUUUACUUCAGAUCUUUUCCAUGAAUCAUGUAAACUUGCAGCAGAAACUCUGCAAGUUUUCUUUUCAAGUAGCAGCUAGCAGAUCCUGUAAGCUAAGGUGAAGAAGUCAUUGUCCCUUUUUCUUUUGAUAAUCACAUAUAACUUCAAGCAUUUGAGAGACUUUUAAUGGUGAAUUUGUUAAAGUGUUAAACAGUGUAAAAUAUUAUGAGAGUAAAU